GCCGGUCAGUGAAGGCAACGUUUGGCGAGCGAAGUGCCACCGUGUCCAAAGUGAGCAUACUCCGAGGCUGCAGACGUCUUGUUUACACUGGUUGUGCCAGGCCUGUAAAGUCCCGUGGCCCCUCACCGACGUUACUACGGCUUUUAUUGCUCACGAUUUCUUCUUUCGUUACAAGGGUCAGUGCAUGAAACCUCCAAUCUGGAUCGAGGCGGUAGCAACAGGAAGAAGAAGAUAGAGGAAUUCUCUAGGUCUUCUCGGGAGAAACUAGUCCAGUCGAAGAACAAAAUGUUCUCCAAAUUUACGUCCAUUCUUCAGCACGCUGUAGAAGCGCUUGCCCCGUCGCUGCCCUUACAGGAGGACUUUGUCUAUCAUUGGAAGGCUAUUACACAUUAUUACAUCGAGACCUCAGAUGACAAAGCCCCAGUCACAGACACCAACAUCCCAUCCCACCUGGAACAGAUGCUGGACAUUCUGACUCAGGAGGAAGGGGAAAGGGAAUCUGGGGAGACGGGACCCUGCAUGGAGUAUCUCCUGCACCACAAGAUCCUGGAGACACUCUACACCUUAGGAAAGGCAGAUUGUCCUCCAGGAAUGAAGCAGCAGGUGCUUACCUUCUACACAAAGCUGUUAGCACACAUUCGUCAGCCUCUUCUGCCACACAUCAACGUCCACAGACCUGUACAGAAACUGAUCCGUCUGUGUGGGGAGGUGCUGGCUGCUCCUACAGAAAAUGAAGAGAUCCAGUUCCUUUGUAUAGUGUGUGCCAAACUGAAGCAGGACCCAUACCUCGUCAACUUCUUCCUUGAGAACAAGUCGAAGAGGCCUGAGAUAAAGAGUCCUGCAGCAACAGAUGGGGUGAAGGAGAGCACGUUGGCUCCAGACACUGGUCAGUCUCUGGCAGAGGAGCAGGCUGACCACCAAGACAAGCCACAGGCUGCAGCUGCUGCCGCCUCCACCUCCAGUCCAAGCAGUAACAAUAACAGCAACAACUACAAUCUGGUCAGCUCCCUGCUCAACCUCACAAAGAGUCCUGAUGGCAGGAUAGUAGUGAAGGCAUGUGAGGGCCUGAUGCUGCUGGUCAGUUUACCAGAGCCUGCUGCUGCCAAGUGUUUAACUGAAAACACUGAGCUCUGUGAGCUUCUGACCGACAGGCUGGUCUCCUUUUAUAAAGCCCUGCCACAGUCCAUGGACCCUUUGGACAUUGAAACAGUAGAAUCUGUCAACUGGGGACUAGAUGUGUAUAACCUGAAGGAGGACGCUGCUGUCUUCACAGGGAAGAGGGCUCUUAUCUCCUUCCUGUCCUGGUUAGAUUACUGCGACCAGCUCAUCAAGGAGGCUCAGAAGUCGGCAGCUGCAGUGAUGGCAAAAGCAGUGAGAGAAAGAUUCUUUGUGUCUGUGAUGGAACCACAGCUCAUGCAGACGUCCGAGGUAGGCAUCCUGACCUCCACAGCCCUCCUGAACAGAAUCAUAAGGCAGGUGACGUCAGAAGCGCUGCUGCAGGAAAUGGUUUGCUUCCUGCUAGGAGAGGAGAGAGAACCAGAGACUGCAGCUACAAUCGCCCAGAAUCCACUGAGACACAGACUCAUCGAGCACUGCGAUCACCUGUCAGAUGAGAUCAGCAUCAUGACGCUGCGGCUAUUUGAGCAGCUGAUCCAGAAGCCCAACCAGCACAUCCUCCACAGCUUGGUGCUGCGUAGCCUGGAGGAGAGGAACUACAUGGAGAACAAACCACAGGAGGAGCGGGAGCCGCUGGAGAAUGGCCAGCCUCAUGAUGCUGUAGACCUUGAGGAGGAUCCACUGUUUGGUGAUGACAUCUCUCCAGACAACAGGCUCUCUGGCUCUGAUUGGCUGAGCUCCUCUCCACCGCAGAGCCCCGACCACUCAAAGUCUGACGGGAAGACAGAAGUGCACAAGAUAGUCAACAGUUUCCUGUGUCUGGUGCCCGAUGAGGCGAAGUCAUCGUAUCAUGUUGAAGGCACAGGCUAUGACACCUACCUCAGAGAUGCACACAGACAGUUCAGGGACUAUUGUGGCGUCUGCCAGCGGUGGGACUGGAGAGGAAAUCCAAAGCCUUUUGAGAAGUGUAACUUAGACGCCCCAUUCUUCGAGGGCCACUUCCUCAAAGUUCUCUUCGACAGGAUGGGCCGCAUCUUAGAUCAGCCCUACGACGUGAACCUGCAGGUCACCGCUGUCCUGUCCAAGCUGUCUUUGUUACCACACCCACACUUGCACGAAUACUUGCUGGACCCUUAUAUCAAUCUGGCCCCCGGCUGCCGAUCUCUGUUCUCUGUCAUCGUCAGGGUUGUCGGAGAUCUCAUGUUGAGGAUUCACCGCAUCCCAGACUUCACACCUAAACUGCUGCUCGUGAGGAAGAGAUUAUUAGGCCUGGAGCCAGAGGGCAUCAACAUCGACCACAUGACUCUGCUGGAGGGAGUGAUCGUGCUGGAGGAGUUCUGCAAAGAGCUGGCAGCCAUCGCCUUCGUCAAAUACCACGCAGCUGCCUCGUCCUCGCCGUAAUCUUCCUGCUGUUCAGCCAUCUGCCUCGGCCAGGCAGGCAGGUCAGGGUAAAACUGGGCCUUUGGGGGGUGUGGUGGUACCGGUGGCACAGGGUCGGCAUAAUAUCACCACUAACUGUUCAUCCCCCGCAAGACUGUUAAAAGCCCACAUGGACGGGUUUCAUCACUCCCCUUCCUCUGACCUCUCAGGCUCCCCGAGCAGGUCAGAGCACAGACACUGCCCAGCCAGCAGAGGAAUAAGAGGAUCGAGGACGAGGAGCAGAGAGAUGUUCACUGGACUCUUUUCAGCCUCUGCAAUUUCUCUCACUGCCCCCCCCAACCUUUCCAUCUUUCUUUUUCACCAGCCAAAUUAUGAUUGCCCUGUAAUUAUUAUAUCGAGGGGAAAAAAAAGGAUGUUUGUAUAUUUAUUUUCUGUCCCAUUACCAGCCAUUUGUAAAUGUCAUUGCCUUAGUGUGGAAUCACACCUUUCAGUUACAGAAAAUUAUUUCCUUUUGGGGAAAAAAUGUUAUCUUAACCCCUCACAUGUUGUCUGUUUGAAGACAAGAGGCUGUAGAGAAAACAAAACCCACUACCUUUAUCCCAUAUCUGUACCUGUAGUUACACACAUAAUGAGCUGCAGUAUUUAAGAUGCUGCGCUCAUGUUUUAAAUGCCAAGUCCUCUUAUUUAUUUGUUUGCUUUCAGGUUGCCUUUUUAACUCAUGUCGUAUUAAGAUAAAUGAACCCAAGCAGUCGGUGUAAUGGCUGACUGACUGAGCAGAUUCUAUUUACUUUAUUUUAAUUUGCUUCUCUUGUCUUUAAGUGCUCGUGCUUUCAAAGCUCAUCUGUGAUCACCGUCGCCCAAAGAUGUCAGCGUCCAUCACAUUUUCUUAAAUGACGUGGUGAAUUUGCAAAUUAAUUUGCACAUGGACCUCAUUGCAUUGCACUUGUUACAUUGUGAGUUCUUCAUGCUUUUUAGGAAACGUCAAGUCGGCUUUCCUGAAAAGAAACCUCUUGCUUAUUUUACGUUCUGAAAUGUCGCUCUCCAGACCCAGUGUUGCGAUUUUCACACACCAGUGUUUGUUUUACUUAAGGAGAUACUCUGUGAUGUUGUUUUUGCACCCUUUCUCAAUGAUUCUUAAUAAUUUAUUUGCUCUACUAAGGGAAAGUGCAGAAGAACAGACCUCUUGGUUUUGCUAACCAGUGUCUUCAACGCGUCAUUAACUUGGAUCAUACUGUAGAUUAGUGCAGUGGUUCUCAUCGACUGCUAAACAAUGCAAAGUCUGCAGCUUUUCAGAUUGUAUUUUUACAACUGCAAAUUGAGAAGAAAGUCCAACUAAGAAAUGAUAAUUUGAUGAUUUUAUUUAUCAUCUCAUAGAUUGACCUUAAAAUCAUUUUCCCACUUUGUAAACCGCUGCAUUCCAGUAUGUUCAAAGCUCUGAGUUCCUCCGCAGAUUAUCAUGACUACCUGUGAGGUGUUGCGUUUACCAGCAGUAUUACUUUUUCAUCCCGAUCUUGAACGACGAGGAAACGUACUCUUGGUGCUGUGUGUUGUUGGAAGAGUUGUGUGGUUGUAUAUUUCCUGGAUGUGUCAGGAGGGUGUCUGUACCUUCAAAUCUCACCUCACCCGUCUGAUUCAUUACAAAAGAUCUGAUUUAGACUGAGUCAAAAUGCUACUCAAUGUAACUUUGUCUUUUGUGUUGUGUUGUGGUGUGGAUGUUUCUGUUCUAUUAGUGGGUCUAAUUGGGCUCGUUUGUGUGUGUGUGCGAGGCCUCUUAUUGCUGAGAAUGGACGGUCAUUCGUUGAAGCCGUGAGUCCCUGGUGUUGAGCCUUGUGUUUUCCCUUUUUCUCCUGGUCCCGCCUCCAUCCCAUCACUCGAGCACCUAAGCCGCAUUAUGCAAUUGCUUGCAUGGAAUCAGAUUUGCACAUUUGUCUUCAUCCUUGUUCGUAAUGUAAAUAUACAGAACAAAAAGCUUUUUUUUUUUCCUCCUUUUUCCAAAUGUUUUGUUUCAUGAACCAAAAGAAAUCUAGGAUGUACCAGGAGUAACAUUUCUAUUUUAAUGGGAAACUUUUUUUAAAACUGUCAAUCAUGCACAUUUUUUAAUCAACUAUCUUUCCAACUUUGUGUGUACAGCUGUAUAUUGUACAUUUACAAUAGCAAUAGAGAUAUACUACCUGGUGUAAAUGCAUGCUUAUACAUUAUUUUUCAUUGUAGAAAGGAAGAGAGAGAAAAAAGGCAGUCCAGCCAUCUGUGAUGAUUUCUUAGCUGUCAGCACUUUGACAGGGAGAUAAGAUGCCUUACUUGACACUGUGGAUCUCUGAGGACUCCUAGAAUCGAUGUGUAAGGGGGGUUUAUUGUGAUCUUAUUAUGCUUAUUAUGUUACAUAGGCUUCUGUUUGGUUUGUGAAGAUGUACAGGACUCUCGGUAUAGUCGAAAAUCUGAUGCCAAUUGAUUUGUGUCGUCUUAGACCUAUCACUGUAUCACAUCGCCGCAUCUCGUUCAUCGCUGCUUUCCUCUGGUGUGAAGUGGGACGAUUCUUGUUAUAUUUCUAUCUCAUGGCCAGUCUGAUUGUGUGACGCAUCGUUGAAACGUUAAGAUAAGGUGCAUGCUCACUUCUCCCGCCUCUUAGUGCUUCAGAAACAACUCGAAGCGGUCACCGCGCUCCGUCGUGCACUCGGAGGCAUCGGUUCAUUUAUUCCUCAUCAGCCGUCUUCAUCACUGCUGUCACAUUUAUUAGGUUUCAUUCAGGACAGUAGGGUUUUAACAUUCUCCGUCCCAAUUUAAAAAAAAAAAAAAAUGUUUUUCAGCAGAUGUGCUCAUUCUUUAAGCAGUUUGUUGUGUUUUAUUACAAAAUGUCUGUACAAUAAAACAAAAAUACACAAAAAAUAA